CUCAAUCCCCUUGCCACUUCUCACAGGGUGUUCUGGAUCCUGCGUCGAGAAUUUGGAGGGAAAAGAAAAGAAAGGAGAAAAUAAUGUAGAAAAAGAAAUGCCAGUGGCCAAACCGGAAUCAUCCGACGCCAGAAUCAUCGCUCACGUCGACAUGGACUGCUUCUAUGUUCAGGUCGAGCAGCGGAAACAGCCAGACUUAAGGGGUUUACCUACUGCUGUUGUACAGUACAACUCUUGGAAAGGUGGGGGCUUGAUUGCAGUUAGCUACGAGGCCCGUAAAUAUGGUGUGAAACGUUCAAUGCGUGGCGAUGAGGCAAAGAAAGUCUGUCCACCAAUUCAGCUGGUCCAAGUCCCUAUUGCGCGGGGUAAAGCUGAUCUUAACACUUACCGCAAUGCAGGUUCAGAGGUGGUUUCUGUUCUUGCAAGGACAGGUCGAUGUGAGAGGGCUUCUAUCGAUGAAGUGUAUCUUGACCUUACUGAGGCGGCAGAAACAAUGUUAGCAGAAACUCCUCCGGAGAGCUUGGAAGUAAUUAAUGAAGAAGCUGUUAAAUCACACAUUUUGGGGCUUAAUACUGAGGAAGGAAGUGAUGCCAAGGAAUUUGUCAGGGAGUGGCUUUGUAGGAGUGAUGCUGAUCACCGCGAUAAACUAUUAGCUUGUGGGGCCAUGAUUGUUGCAGAACUUAGGAUGCAGGUGUUGAGGGAGACUGAAUUUACUUGUUCUGCUGGGAUUGCUCAUAAUAAGAUGCUGGCCAAACUUGCAAGUGCUAUGAAUAAACCUGCACAACAAACUGUUGUGCCCCUAUCAUCUGUCAAAGGAUUACUCGAAUCCUUGCCAAUUAAGAAAAUGAAACAGCUUGGAGGAAAGCUUGGGAGUUCUUUACAAAGUGAUUUGGGUGUGAACACUGUUGGAGAGCUGUUGCAGUUUUCAGAGGAGAAGCUACAAGAGAAUUACGGCAUCAAUACUGGUACUUGGUUGUGGAAUAUUGCAAGAGGAGUCAGCGGGGAAGAAGUUCAGGGGCGACUUCUUCCCAAGAGCCAUGGUUCUGGAAAGACAUUUCCUGGUCCUCGGGCUCUGAAGACGAUUGCAGCUGUUCAACACUGGCUCAACGAACUUUGUGAAGAACUGAGUGAACGUCUUUGCUCGGACUUGGACCUAAAUAAACGGAUUGCUCACACUCUGACUCUUCAUGCUAGAGCAUACAAAUCUGGUGACUCUGAUUCAUAUACGAAGUUUCCUUCCAAGUCUUGUCCCCUAAGGUAUGGGACUGCCAAGAUUCAAGAAGAUGCACGGAACUUAUUUCAAGCUGGAUUACGUGAAUAUGUGGAUUCAUACAAAUCUAAGACUCAAGGAAGUCAAUACAAUGGUUGGGGUAUAACAGCACUUUCUGUUUCAGCGAGUAAAAUUGUUGCAAUUCCUUCUGGGACAAGUUCGAUCACAAAAUACUUUCCUGGCCAAAACCUUUACUGCUCUUCAUCAAAGCAGUCACAGGAUAACUUCAUCCAAGAUGCUGCACCAUCUUCACCCUCAGGAAGUGAAAGCUAUUCGGGCUUGAAUUUAACUGAGCCACAGAUUGAGUUCCCUGAGUUUUCUGGAGAAAAAAAUAAGUUCAAUUAUGCUGUCACUAGCCAGGGUCAAGAGCGAGACAAAGAGAAUACAUGGAAAGACCAGGAUCCAUCCUGUUUGUCACCACAACAUACACAAAAUGGUGUUGCCCAUGAAAUUUCACCAUUGCUGCCUUCAGGAGGUGAAAGCCAUCUGGAGAUGGAUGGAAAUGAGCAACAAAGAGAAUUCUCUGGGGAAGAAUCUCAGAUUAAAUAUUCCACGAUUAGUUUGGAUCGAGCUGUGCAGAAAAGAAAAACAUCAAAAGAUAAGGGAACAGUUUCAAUCUUGAAGUUCUUUAAGAAUUGUGACCCCAGUUGGUCUUCAAAGAAACAGGAGCAUAUUGAAGCCGUCCGAGAUGUUAAAGCAGCAUCAUCUGACGGCUUUCAGUCUACUGGUAGUGUCUGUUUGGAACCAAAUCACGAUGAAUUGCCAAAAGAAAGACUUAUUGAAGAGACCGGGACCAACACUGGUAGGUCUAGUUUGGCUCAUAUUGAACAAGAAAGGGAAGCAUGGGGCUACAAAACUGAUGAGAUUGACCCCUCCGUGGUUGACGAGUUACCACCAGAAAUCCAGGAAGAAGUCCGGGCCUGGCUCAGGCCUCAUAAGCGACCUAAUGUAGUUAAAAGGGGUUCUAGUAUUGCUCAUUAUUUCUUUCCAGCCAAAAAUAGAUGAAGUACCAAAUGAUGUAGAUGGGUGUGUUAUCUCUUUCAGAAAGAUGGCGAUGCUGGAAUUUGUUGAUAUACAGCAUAGUUGGAAUUUCCAAUGGUUAAGGCUUAGGAGUUAGGAAACCUAUUCAAAGCUAGUCCUGGAAGUGCUUUGUGUGUACAUAUGCAAUUUUAUUAUUCUUCCUAUGGCUUUUAUGGAAAGAAGCUAAUUCGAGUUAAGUUUGGACAGUACACAGUAUCCAGUCUAGAAAGUGAUUGCGGGAAAGUGAGAGCUGACACACUGGAAAGGUUUAUUUUAAAUUUCUUUAGUUAAGUUAUUAAUGUGAUGAUCAAUGGUUAUGUUUAUGUU